UCCUCCACUCCGGGGCUGCGAGUUCGGUGCUGCUGGAGGAGCGGAAGGAGGAGGGGACGGCAGCCGGGACAGGACAUGCCCCGCAAGAGGCCGUUCAGCGCUAAGCAGAAGAAGAAGCAGCUGCAGGACAAGCGGGAGCGAAAGCGGCAGGGCUUUCAAGAUGGUGUGAGGUCAAGUUCAAACAGCCGGAGUGGCAGCCAUGAUCGACAUGAGGAGCACACGGACACAUCAGAUAGCGAGUCUUUCUCUCUGCAGGUCCGCAAACUCAAUCAGCAGCCUCAGGUCCGCAAGCCAGGUGAACGGGGCUAUGAUCCCAACAG